AUGAUAUUUGUUAACUCACUUAAAAAUGGGCGUGUAAUGAGCCGCACCUUAUCACAAGUGGCCAUUGCAUUGUCCACCCCAUCCAGGCCCUUUUCCACCACGUCGAGCAUAUACCAAGGGGUUACUCUUCUGCAAGACAAGCAAAAUGGCUUUGGCUUCGCACGGUCAAACCCCAGACCUGCCAAGCCCAGAACGAAGGGAGUCACUGAGAUCCGAGGCCCAUACUACUCAAUAUUCUCGAAACGUAAUAUUACACAAUCCCCCAACUACUUCACCAAAUGGAAUCUAACAACAAUCGAUAGAAUGGGGGACCAUGUAGAUGGUCUCAAGUUUGCCGGAGGUGCUUUUUCUCUCUUUCACGAGAAACCACUGCGGGAAUUGGUGGAUCUUGCUCACGAGCAAGGCGUGUACAUCUCAACGGGUGGAUGGGCUGAGCAUCUCCUCACACACCCCGACCCAAAUACGGUAUUUGACCGUUAUUUGAAGAAAUGCAAGGAUCUCGGACUCGAUGUCAUUGAACUAUCUUCCGGUUUUCUGUCAUUCCCGGAGGAUGACUGGCUCCGUCUUAUUGACAAAGUCCACUCAUACAAGUUGGAACCAAAGCCUGAAUUGGGAAUUCAAUUUGGAGCUGGUGGAGACACACCUGCUUCGGGGCUUGAAGCAAUUGGAACAUCUGAUCCUGGAAAAUUGGUGAAUUUGGGUCGUAGAUUUCUUGACGCUGGUGUGAAGCGGUUGAUGAUUGAAUCAGAAGGUAUCACUGAAAACGUUAACUCCUGGCGGACUGAUGUGGUGUCGAAGAUUAUGAAGGAGCUUCCUCCUGAGCGUGUCAUGUUUGAAGCUGCAGAUCCCAAGGUUUUUAAUUGGUACGUCCGUGAGUUUGGAAUUGAUGUCAACCUAUUUGUGGAUCACAGCCAGAUUGUGCAGUUAGAAUGCCUGCGGACUGGCAUCUGGGGUACUGCCGACACCUGGGGCAAGAUAGUGUCAUUCCGACCAUGA